UUUCUGUGGAGUCUCAUAUCACCCCCUGGUGGUUGGAUGGGGGACCGAGCGGAUGAUGGUGAACUGGACACAUCGGACAAAGCUGUGUGCAUUUACUUCAACCUGUCACACUUUCUGACGACAGUCCACAUUUCAGCGUUGUUGUUUCCCACGUCGCGAGGAAACCUGUAUCGUCGGGCUCUACCAGGUGUAUCUUGUUCUGUAAACCCAGAACCCUGAACAGAUCAAAUGGUACUUCCUCAAAAUUAACAGUGUUCCCAAGAACCGCAGCCCUGCAUUCCACACAGGAAGACGAGAAUUUUACCAUGAGUUCAGAUGAAGGUGACCAGGCUGAGCUGGAAGAGAAGACGAGGCUCAUCAACCAGGUUUUGGAGCUUCAGCACACUUUAGAAGACCUGUCUUCCCGUGUGGAUGCUGUCAAAGAGGAGAACCUGAAGCUAAAGUCGGAGAACCAAGUUCUGGGUCAGUACAUUGAGAACCUCAUGUCUGCCUCCAGUGUCUUCCAGACCACUGAGACCAAGGGCAAAUGAAAGUAAGGAGAACAUUCCAAACCUGAACCCAACACUUUAUCCCAAAGCAGCCUGGAUGACUGGAUAACUCUGAUAACAACUUUACUCUUAGUGCUUAAUCCUAAAACAUGUGAAAUAUCUGACUCUACAGGUGGCGGCAUUUGCUAUUGCUUUCAUUUGUGAAGACGGUGGAAAUGUAUAGGACACACAAAUUCUACAACUGGAGCCUGUUUUUUUUCCAGUUAGGGGAAAUCAGUUUGAUAACACAUUACCAUUUAGACCUGGUAUUAACAUAUGUCCUGAGUGAUAUGAUCACAAGUACACAUUAGUGCAGUUAAUGCAGCAAAUCAACAACUAAAAAUCAAUACAAUAGUAAUCUAUUAGUUAUUUACAGUGACUUAAAUCAAAUCUCUCUAAUCGGAAAUCAGUAUGAAGGAAACUGAUAAACCAUGUGAUCAGAUGUUCCUUGGCCCGGAGAUUUCUGUGAUGCGGCCUCAUACCUGCCACCCUCUUUGGAGAUAAAGUGUUUCUGUUUCCCUUCCUUGGUUGACCUUGUUUCCAGGUGGAAAGCUGUUGAAGGAUCAUGUCAUUGACACUGCAUAUCCCUGCUGUCACAAAAAAUCCCCCAAAAAACCCUUUCCUCCUGUUUUACUGGGUCAGUAUUGCUGUUACAGCCUGUAAAGCCUGAAGGGCGAUUUGUCAGCACAAUGUCACUUUGCUUUGCUGCCAUUUUGUUUUUGCUUCUUGUAGGUUGCACUGCAUUUGUACAUCAGUAACAUUUGUUAUUUUUGUUUUCUCAUUUGAAAUGACUUUGGUUUAAUAAAGUGAGGAUUCCCUUUGAUGA